ACUGCACUCCUCUCAGUUGCACCAAUAAACUCAAGUUUUUUCAGCAAGUAAGAACUGCGUGCUUCACUGCUGGAGUUUAUAUUCUGCCCCUGAAACCAAAACCACAUCAAAGCUGACAUCAUUUCAUGAGCUCAUGAAGAUGGAAGGUUUUACCGAUCUCCUAACAGAUGCAUUUUCAGAGACAUCUACUCCUCCAUUCCCGGACGAAGAUUUGGACUUUGAGAAUUUAACUUUUGAAGAAAAGUCUGAUGAAGACGGGACAGAAAACCUAACAACAAACAAUAAAGAGGCGGCACUGCUCCAGGAAGCAACAGGUGAAGCAGCAGCUCUGUUUGAAACCAAAGAGGCGGCUGAAAAUGUUUACGAAGAGCAGUCGGACAAUGAAACAGAUGAGGAGGAUUUUAAAGGUGAGGGGAUCGGUGCCGUGGACGGUGACAAAACAACAGAAGAGGAUUACACGAGCUCAGAUGGAGAUUCUGCACACGAAGGCUCCGUCUCUGGAGAAGAUGAUGAGGGUGUGGAAGAGGACAUAGGAGUGGCAGAGACACCAGGGGAUUUGUUGAUGUCAGUGCGCUGCAGUGAUGAGUUCAAUGACAGCGAUAAGGAGGACGAGAUCUUUGCUGAGGAACAACCUCUGGCCCCGGAGGAUGCUGAAAACCCUCAAGUUAGAAACGAGGAGCGAGGUGAGGCUGAGAGCGAUGAGGACGUGUCCUAUUUGGAAAGAUUCCCUGACCGAGGUGAUGAGACUGUGAUAAAAGCUGCAGAGAUAGGAGAGGAUGAGGGAGAAAGCGAAGAAGAAAAAGAAGAAGAAGAAGAAGAAGAAGAAGAAGAAGAAGAAGAAGAAGAAGAAGAAGAAGGAGAAGAAGAAGAAGAAGAAGAAGAAGAAGAAGAAGAAGAGGGCAUAUCAUCUGAUUCCGAGUGUGAGGGCAUGAAAAUCGAACAGGAGGAAAAUGUUAUCGGACAGCCUCUUGAGGAGGAGGAAGAGGUGGAAAACAUUUACGGGGAUGAUCCUGAGGAAGCUAGUUCAGAGUUUCCUUGCAUAUCCUUCCAAAAUCUGCAGGAGCUCACUGGUGAAGGUGAUAAUGGGGAAUAUGCAGAGAAAAUGAAAGAUUUCUCAGGGGAUGAGCACCAAGAGGCAGGUGAGAGCUUUGCAGAUUACCCCUCAGACUUUUCUUCUUGUGAAUAUGCAGAAGAUGGGAGAAAAAAUCAGGAAAGCAGGCCAAGUUUCGGGCCCGGUACAUCUGAAUGCAGUUCAUACACGCAGCAGGAUGCUUUCAUGGAAGGACCUGUGGAAGAUAUAACACAGAUGGACCACCCCGAGGACAGCGAUGAGAAGGAAGACGGGUAUCUGUACAGCAGAGAUCUAGAGAUGGAUGCUGAGAAUCUGAUGAGCAUGGACGUAGCAGCUGGAGAACAAGACAGAGGCAGCACAGCCGCGACCAAGUCUGACGAUGAAGAAGACACAUCUGAGAGCGACUACAGUUCCAGUGAUGAUGACGAGGCUCGUAGGUGCCUUCAAGAGCUUGAAAACAACAAGCAGCCGGCCGACAGUCAGAUAUAUGCCGCGAGCGGAGCAGAUCGAGCAGAUUUCCUCAGCUGGGAAUUUGAUGUAUUAAAUACUGAUAGCCUUCUGACUGAAUACCUGUUAACCACAGGAGACAUGAUAGAAACAACACCCACAGGUGUUAACCAGGACCACCCAGAAUACAUCAGCUACUCUGAGGUACAGAGUGAGGUUCUCAAAAUUAAAAGCCCCUCCUACCAGGGAUCCCUUGAUGACAGCUUCUUCUUCAACAAUGCUGAGGCCUCUGGCAUCCCUCAGCAGGGAAAGCUGGAAGGGGAGGACUAUGAAGAAGAAAGGAACUGGGAGCAAGAAGAGAAGAGAAUCAAAGCUUUCAACGAUUUUUACGGCGAUGAGGAGAAUGAAAGAGAAGGGAGGCAGAUAAAAGUUCAGUUUUGUGCAGAGCCAUUGUCUCAAGUCAUUCGCUAUGAAAGCGACAGUGAUGAAGAGUCACUCAGCAGCUCCACAGACAGCGGGAGGGAGGACCUGAACUUCACAGAGUCAUGGGAUGAACCAAGGGAGCCUGACAACACCCUCAUGAAGCUGAUACUCAAGAUGGGUGUGCUGACCGGGAUGGGACUGCUGAUGUUCUGGUUGGCUACGGAUCAAGGAGAAUGGCUCAACCAGGUUUUCUUCUUUUAGGGCUAUGGAAGGUCCUUGGUCAUUAAAACCUGUUUAUAUGCUUGCACAUGUUUGUAAAGAAUGCAGUGUAAAGUCAAGUAUGUGUUGUUGUGCAGAUUUUUUGCUUAAUAAAGAGCUGUGUUUGUUCAAAAUUA